CAUCGCGAGCAAUCAGAAAACGUCUUGUUUCACUUACCUAGCAGACGUUCUGUACGAAAAAAAGUUUCGGAAAUGGUGAAAAUAUUCACACGGAUUUUGCUAUGUUUCGUGUCUUCGGGGUAUUUGAAAAAGUGGUGAAAAUGAAGUUUGAACAUUAUUGUAAAGUUUAGUAAUUUACAAUACUAAUUUCUUUGUCUAAAUUGUGUGAUUGUGUUGAAUUUUCGAAACGACCAGAAGCGAGAUUGUGGAAAGUUUUUCGCUGACCUGUAAUGGCGUAAAAAGUCGAAGAGGGCGACGGUUAAUGUCUUGGAAAAGAAAUUUUUUAUAUAUCAGGUUGCUGUGAUCAGGCUUAAAGUCGGUUUUGGUUGUUUUGAUUGAUAGACGGAUUGGGACAUCGUAAAAAAAAUGGAAGAAGUGCAAGUAAUCGAUUGUCCUCCAACUCCGGAGAUUUUAUUGCCGUCGAAUACUCCGCCCUCGAGCACACUGUUGGAUAUGCUGGAUAGUUCCUCGUCGGCGGAAGAGGUGGACAUUUGUACGAGUAGGACAGAGGAAGCAUCGAACGAAAGUGGUCGCUGUUCGCCUCCUCCCAAGUGCGCAAUCUGUUUGGGCAAGUGCCGUCAAAAGUGCUACACAGAUUCGUGUCGUCAUCAAUUUUGCUAUCGCUGUUUGCUCGAGUGGAGUAAGAUUAAAGCUGAGUGUCCCUUGUGCAAGCAAGUUUUCCGUUCCAUUAUCUAUAAGCAGAAAACGUUCGGUCGGUAUGAGGAACACAUAAUCUCCAUUGUUCCGCCAGCAUCUCCUCCUGCUGCCAGUGGACCUGGCAUUGGACCAGCCGGGGCCGGUACGGCUCGUCCUCCUCCACAGGUGUAUCACAGGUUAGAUUUUACUCUAUCGCAGACACCUCGUUUUACGUACAGUGCAACGCUCCGUGUUCAGCCAAGCCAAAGUGAGCGGCUUCAGCAGCUUUUCUUGCAUCAGUCCGGUGAUGUGCAACGGUUCAGUAGAGAAUAUCCUGACGAUUCUAUUCCGUCCAGACAAAAUGGACCCGAAUGGAGACGGUAUAUUUACCACAGACGACUACACGCAAGACCAUUGCCGGAUAUUAACGGUAGAUUAAGAGAAUGCAGCGCAGCUUUCUACAGAGAAAACCCUGCUCAAAUCCAUCGUCUCAUGCCGUGGAUUAAUCGUGAAUUGAUUGCGCUUUGCCGCGGAAACCCAGCUCAAGUUACACUGAUUAUGGAAGACUUUACCAAUUUACUAAUGACACAUGACAUCACAUCGCCAGCGUUCCGUGAGCGCGUUUCCUACUGGGGUCGUACAAGAAGUGUUCAUUUUAUACACGAGCUGCUGAAUUUCGCUCGUUCCCCGUACGACAUGAUAGGAUACGAUCGAUGUGUUCAAUACGAUCCUUACCAAAACAGUGUGGUAGUGUUGUCAUCAUCUUCUUCGUCGUCGUCCGGAUCCUCAACAUCUUCCAUCUCCGAGGGAUCUGAUGGCGAGGAUGACGUAGUUCGAAUUGUAGAGCCGGUUCCGGGGACAUCAAGGAUGAUGGAAUCGGUGGGAGCUCCCAGUGAUAGCAGAAGAGGAAGGACACAAUUUACGAUCGAGACGAGAUCCUCCGAUCAGACAGUGAUUAUGACUGGUUCAUUUGGUGGGGCUGGUGUCAGCGGAAUUGUUUCCGUGUCCACUUCUGGAACGCAAACAAGUGGCCCCAGUGGAAGUAAUACCAACGUCGGCGGUUUUCAGGAUAUGCCACGAAUGCCUCCGUUAACUUCACUUGCUCCACAAACCGCAAGUCGGUUAGAAGAUGGAGCGAAUAUCUCUCUUUCGUCCAGUGAUAGCGAUGAUUGCAGAAUCGUUGGUGCGUUGAAACCACCCCAUUUGCGAACGCCGGAAAUGGUUAGUCUAGAGUCGGAAAGUGACAGCGACGUAGUAUUCGUGAAUGAAAACGAAAAUAGAGUAGAAGAAACAGUUGCAUUACAGAACAUUUUGUUCGAACAUCUCUUUCCGGAUAAUGCUUUUCAUCAAGACUCAACUACCAAACUUGAGGACAGAUCGGGAGCAUCAGCUUCCGAGUACAAUAACGGGGCAUCAACGUCAUCCGGUGGUGGAGGUGGCAUAAAGAAAUAUUACACGAAGCCUCGUCUGAACAGAAAUUCUUCCGGUACAGGCAUUAAGAGUAUUUACGAAGCAAGCGAAUCGGAAAAGAGUGAAGACGCAAGUCAACAGAGCGGUUCGGAGUCAUCUAGUCACGAAGAGUUCAAAUUUAAUAUUCGCAAUCAACCAGCGACAAGUAAUCGUAGACGAAAAGCAAUCAAGCGACGGCCACCAGCGGAUAGCAGUGACCAUAGCGUCGGUGAGCAAAAGUCUUCUUCCGAUAAGGAAAUGUCUACGGACAGUAGUUCAUUUUCAAGCACAAGCUCAAGUUCAAGUUCUAGCUCGGACAGCGACAGCGACUUCCAGUCAGAUGAAGCAAUAAAGAUCACUGUGACGAAGCGUAAAUCUCGUAAGUCUAUGCUUCGUUCAUUGCGAAAUUCCGCCAAACUUCUCAAGAAAGAAACGAAGAAACGCUCUAAAGUGAAAAAACAAAAACCAUGCUUAGCCAAACAUUGUAGAAAACGUCAAAAACUCACGCUCAAAACAUCGAAAAGCUCUUCGGAAAGUGGUAAAGGAACAUCCCUCACAUCUGUCCCUGUAGCGGACACAUUCCCAGGGAGCAGUAAAGCAUCACUAAAACCCAGUACUAAUACCAGUAGUUCAGCAGGAAAACGAAAAUUGCGAAGUGCUGUUAUUAAACCAGAACUACAAACAGGUCCAUCGCCACCCAAGAAACGUAAAAAGGUUCCCAUCUGUUCGGAGUUGAUCACCAGCACAGAUUUUUCCAGCGAUGAAGAACCACCCCAAGCUGUAACCCCCCAACCAACUGCCGUUGAACCAAUGCUGGCCCCUGUAUCGAGACCAUCUUCAUCUUCAGAGGUCAUCAGUUCCGGCGAUGAAGCAUCCGACAGUGAGGAACAGUGUACGAUUGCUUCCCUCAUAAGAGCCGCGCGACGUCCUCCAACGACGGAAGAGUCGGAACAAUAUCCCGAGCUACAGAACACAUCGAAUGUAUCAACGGGCAGCAGCAGUAGCAGUAACAGCAGUAGUAGUAGCAGUAGCAGUACCAAUAGUAACUCAUCUACGGUCGCAUCCGGAUCGGUUCGUUCCGGUAUAGAGACUUCGCACUCGCAGCUGGAUCUGCUCGAUGGAGGGCGGACGUCUCCCGCCGAGGAGGAUGUUGCCGUGACGCAAUUGAUUGGCGCUGAGGUAGAACUCUGAGAUUUGCUGCGGACCGUCGAUUUUGAGGAAUGGUGAUCGGUUGCAGUGUUGUGUGAGAAGAAUCAUUCUUUUUCUGCCAGUUCAAUCCGGCUUUGCAGUAGAGCGAGCGUUUGAAGCCACCAUAAACCAUCAGAAGUCCGUCGAUAUGGCACUAUAUAUCUACAUCCAGACACUGAUUUAAGGCAACAGAGUAUUGAAUUAGCACGAACGCAGAAAACAAAAAUGUUGGUUCCAGAAGAAACGACCGGCAUGUUGAUAAGUUGUUUUUUUUUUCAAUAAACUCAUAUUUGAAUAUAAUAUUGCAUUCUGCCGUUGUAUAUUAAAUAGGAGUAAACACUAUUGCAAGCAGAAAAUCAAUUUAGCUUAAUUUUAUUGAAUUAAUGUUACAACUGAUAAAUGGCUUACUACUGUUGAAUCGGUUGUACGAUGAAAAGUGAGUAUAAAUAAUCUUCUCUGCCUAAAAUAUUGUAAUCACAGCACACAGACUCUGAAUGUGACUGUACAGGUAAACUAUUACUAAGCUUGAGUCGAUCCAAAACACAAAACAUCUUAAGUAAAUUAAAUGCAAGUUUUGUGUACAGCCCAAACUUUGUUCUUCGGAGAAAAUUAUUGGCAUAGGAGUUAAACGACGGACCCUAGGAGAUACUUUUAAUAAAAAUCAAUUGUAUUUCGACAAAAGCGAA